AUGUCAGCAAAUGUAGUAAGUGACCUUUUGAGAGUGACUUACAAUAGGCAUAUGGAGAAAAAAGUGGUAUUCUAUCUAUUUAGUUACAGAUUUCUGAAAACUGCCUUUGAUGGCGAGGUUAUGGCUAUUUAUGUGGCACUGAAACAAAUUGCCGCCAGAUCAUACAAUAGGAUGGUUAUACUGUCUGACUCCAAAGCUGCCAUUCAAGCUAUUAGAUCUCGUGAAAUACCUAUCUCUCGGACUAUCCAGGAUUGCCAGGUUCUUCUGGAGAGUUUGAGGAUAGCAGGGCGACAAAUAACACUCCAAUGGAUCCCAAGACAUUGCGAUAUCUACGGCAAUGAAUUGGCCGGUAUGCUGGCUAAGAAAGGCACUCAAAUAAUUCAGCAGCCAAGCACUCUUAAAUCCUUUCAUUCGGCAAGACUGUAUAUCAAACAUUUUAUGAGACAAAAUUGGAAAGCGUUGCUCACUUCUCGUAUUUCUUCAAGAAGUUGGAGGAACAGCUUAGAACAGGGUAUUGCCGAUAAGCCCCGGAUUAAAGCUGUUGCAGAAUUCAGGUUUGUGUUGGGCCAUGAUUGCCUGGCGAACCACCUCUGCCGCAUCGGUAUUCUCGCUGAUCCAAAUUGCCCGUUGUGUUCGAAUAAUGAACUUAUGGACAGGAACCAUCUAUUGAGAUGCUCGGCUCUGCGUGGGGACUCUGAGGUGAGGCGUUACUGGAGUGCCCGACAUCUGUUAAUGAGAUAG